GAAAAUAGAAAGUCUAAAUCAAAUACAACAAACAGCUGAAAAAUCUGACUGUAAAAACCACGAUCUCUCUUUUCUUCUUCUUUUUUUUUCUUUUUCCAUCUAUGCCACUUUGCUCAAGUCACCACAACAGUUUUGGAAGAGCCAGGUGACGUCGUGGUGGCCCAGGAAGCAUGCAGCUGUGGCGCUGGGGGCCCUGAAGACUGUCUGGCUCGCAGGGAGGAAUGCUACGGUGGGCAGUGCACUUGGAAGGUGGGCCGCGGAGGGUGAACCACGCGGCCGUGGCCGUCGGGCACAAGGUCUAUUCCUUCGGUGGAUAUUGUUCUGGAGAAGACUAUGAGACUCUGCGGCAGAUUGACGUCCAUGUUUUUAAUGCAGUGUCUCUGCGCUGGAUCAAGCUGCCUCCGGUGUGGACAAACAGCCGAGACCACGUGAGAGAGGUGCCCUACAUGAGGUACGGGCACUCAGCAGUGCUCAUAGACGACACCGUCUACAUAUGGGGUGGUCGCAACGACACUGAGGGAGCCUGCAACGUACUCUAUGCCUUUGAUGUCAACACGCACAAGUGGUUCACGCCAAAGGUGUCUGGAAUGGUCCCAGGAGCACGAGACGGGCACUCAGCUUGUGUCCUAGCAAAGAGCAUGUUUAUCUUCGGAGGCUACGAACAGCUGGCUGACUGCUUUUCAAACGAUAUCCAUAAGUUGGACACCACAAACAUGAUGUGGACCUUAAUCUCUGCCAAGGGUACACCAGCUCGCUGGAGAGACUUCCAUUCAGCUACCAUCAUUGGAACAAAGAUGUACGUAUUUGGUGGCAGAGCUGAUCGUUUUGGGCCAUUUCACUCCAACAAUGAGAUCUACUGUAACCGCAUUAAAGUAUUUGAUACAGAAACAAACUCCUGGCUGGACUCCCCUCCAACUCCAGUGCUCCCUGAAGGCCGGCGGAGCCAUUCAGCAUUCAGCUACAAUGGGGAGCUAUAUGUAUUUGGUGGCUACAACGCACGCCUGAACAGACACUUCCACGACCUCUGGAAAUUCAAUCCAGUUUCUCUUUCUUGGAGGAAGAUUGAGCCCAAGGGGAAAGGCCCGUGUCCUCGACGCCGGCAGUGCUGCUGCAGAGUGGGGGACAAAAUCAUUCUCUUUGGAGGCACCAGCCCGUCUCCAGAGGAGGGAAUGGGUGAUGAAUUCGACCUGAUGGAUCACUCGGAUCUCUACAUCCUCGACUUCAGCCCCAGUCUGAAGACGCUGUGUAAGCUAGCAGUGAUUCAGUACAGCCUGGACCAGUCCUGCCUUCCCCACGACAUCAGAUGGGAGCUCUCUGCCAUGACAACAAACAGCACCAUCAGCCGCCCCAUCGUCUCCUCCCAGGGCUGACGCCGGCUCAUCCUUCUACCACUCUGCCCUCACCCCUCCACACACUGACCUGUUGCUCCACUGCCUGCAUGAGUUUUUAGCCCUUUCAAGCAAGGAACAUGUGAGCUCAGUUUGCCUUGCCCUAGCCAGGCCUUGCUCUGCCCUUGUCACGCUUUGGGCAGCACAAGUGUGCAGGCAGAGCAGGCUGCUGGGGAAGAAAUCGGCUUGCCCCAGCAGCACAACUGUGAACCCCCCUCCUUGCUGAUGGCUCCAGCAUCUCCUGCCCUCCUUCCCCUCGCCUGUGGAGCUGCAGCUGUGCUGACCUGGUCCCCGGCCACUUUCCAAAGGCCUGAAUGAACUCCUACCACCAGCCAUGGCCCCAGGAUUGGCCUCGGGCUAUGAACUGUUCCUGCGCUGCCUCGAGAGAGCGGGGACAUCCACGCCUGCACCUGCCAGUGCUGACCAGCUUCCUGGCACCGGAUGGCAGGUCCCAGCCCCGAGCUGAGCCUGAUGUGGGGACCUGGGCCCAGCUGGACCCUCUGCCCAGCUCCCGUUGUAAAACAGCAACUGGGGGGAGUUUUAUAAACGCUGAGGCA